AUGAAAUUUAAUACAACAAAUGAUCUUGACUAUCAUAAGUUAAACGAGUGUACUAAAAUUACUAUACCUUGUGCUCUCAAAGAUUAUGGUUGUUUAACGUCCGUUGUUCGUGUUGAAAUAGGAGAGCAUUAUAAAAGUGAAGAACAUCAAAGUGCAAUAAUCAAUUUUAUACGUCGGAUUUUAUCAAAAAUAAAUGAUCAACAUGAUAGAGGCUCGACAAUGGAUGUUGAUACACUUUCUCAUACUACUAUGCUAUCCUCCGAUAACAUAAAUAAUCAAUUACAGGAGGUUUGUCAAACAAUUGAUAUUCUUGCUGAUGGAGUUUCAACAUUGAAUGGAGAUGCACAACGAUUAAGUCAAGAAUCACUUCAACUACAUAAUACUAUAGAUAAUUUGACUCGUGAAUUUGCAAUAUUGAAAAUAAGUAUUCAAGAACAAGGCACAUAUUUAGAUGGACUUAAACCUAAUCAGGAUGUUCUUAAUCAAGAUGUUGCAUCAUUAAAACAAAAACUUGACGAUAUGCAAUUUGUUUCUUAUGAUGGUACAUUAUUAUGGAAAAUACCAAAUUUUAGCAGUAGGAUGGCUGAUGCACAAUCCGAACGACAAACUUCGAUUUACUCACCACCAUUUUAUUCAUCACCUACGGGUUAUAAAAUGCGAGGUCGUCUUUACUUAAACGGUGAUGGAAAUGCUCGUCGUACACAUAUGUCACUUUUUUUUGUACUGAUGCGAAGUGAAUAUGAUGCUAUUCUCAAAUUUCCAUUCAAUUAUAAAGUGACAUUUUGUCUGUACGAUCAGACUCCAGCACAACGACAUAUUAUUGAUUCAUUUCGACCAGAUGUUAAAUCGAAUAGUUUUCAACGGCCACGAUCUGAAAUGAAUAUAGCCAGUGGUAUUCCAAAGUUUUGUUCUUUGUCAACAAUUCAACAAGAAGGUAAUGCUUAUGUUCGAGAUGAUACAAUGUUCAUCAAAAUUAUGGUGGAUUUUGCUGAUACACCAAAAACAUUAUUACCAUUUGCAUUAACUCUUAAUCCAGGCUUUCCGAUAAAUAUUCAACAAACAUUGCUUAAACAAGAAGCAGAAAAAAGGACUCAACAAACUUCCACUCCACCGGCUACUUAA